AUGUCUUUAAAUGCAUCUGAAAACUACCUUCCACCCGUAAUAAGCCCUAUCAUCUAUUCGGAAGUUACUGACAAACGUACAGUAGCGGGUACAGCAGACACACGAACACACUACCCGGUGCGAACGCAACUGCUAAGCAUUAAAAGGGGCAGAGAAUCGUCGUUCAUUCGCUUUAUUUAUCUGACCACAUUAUUUGACCUUCUAUUCUUAUCUAUCUAUCUAUCUAUCUAUAUCUAUCUAUCUAUCUAUCUAUCUAUCUAUCUAUCUAUCUAUCUAUCUCAGUCUGUUCGUAUCUAUCUAUCUAUCUAUCUAUCUAUCUAUCUAUCUAUCUAUCUAUCUAUCUAUCUAUGUCAAAACCCUCUCGUAUCUAUCUAUCUAUCUAUCUAUCUAUCUAUCUAUCUAUCUAUCUAUCUAUCUAUCUAUCUAAAUUAUUCUGCUCAAAUCUAUCUAUCUAUCUAG